UGGCAAAUGUAACAUCACAUCAAGGUAGGAGAGUUCUGGUGGGGUACAUUCGACCACACAACAGUCGGUGUGUGACGAACUAACUGCGCGCUCGCAUUGCAAGAUAUCAAAAUGAGAUAUCUUCUGCUCUGUGCCUUCUUGGCGGUCGCGCUGGCCAGAGAAGACGACUGGAAGCCCAUAAUGCCAGCCUCAUCUGUCACUUACUCCACAUACGUUAAGUCUUCGGACAGAUCAUUGGAAACUUCACCAUCCCUCAAGAUCCUAAACCGAAGGCCGUACCCUAAUAAGUUUGGAGGUCUGAUCAGCACGGUUCCAGCAAGUGACACAUGCAGUAUCCACAAGGUUUCUAUGAACCAAGAACUGGCUUACCAGUACAUGGAAUACGAUAAGAGCCUCCCGGAUUUGAAGGAGUUCACCCUUUGUAUGUGGACGAAGUUCCAUAAUCACUCAGACGAUCAUCCUUUGUUUUCAUAUUCAGUUGAGGACAGUCCUAAAGAGAUUCUGGCCUGGAUCUCUAACACCAACGAGGCAAGCUACUUCAGCAUGGCAGUACAUGGACAAACAUUCUUCAGGCUGAACUACCCGCUAAAAUUGAACACUUGGUAUCACUCCUGUCAAUCGUGGAACGGCAAGACUGGUGAAUGGCAGAUAUGGGUGAAUGCUGAGAGGGUCGGCCGGGGCUUCCAUAACAGACUCGUUGGCCAUAUCAUCAAGGGAGGUGGUGUGGCGGUGUCAGGUCAGGACCAAUCAUUCUUGUACAAAGAUGAACCAGAACACGUAAUAAAACAGCCUGGUAUGAUGGGUGAAAUAACAAUGCUUCAGUUAUACCACGUCGCUUUGACUGCAGGAAAAGCGCACAAAGACCAUAAACACCAUCAUGCUCAUCACUUCAAGCACGAUGGCACCCCGGUCGAUAGCGCCACAGAACCUGCGACCGAACCUCCGCCACCUCAAGCCAUUCCUCUUGGUAAUGGCAAUGUUCUAAUUGGGGGUCAGAUUCAAAGAAACCCAAAUCUUAAUUUGGCCGGUGUCCAACAGCCAAUGAUGGUCCCAGUACAAUUACCGAAUGGUGUUCAAAUUCAUCAGCCCUAUGUAAAUGGCCAAUUUGCCAAUAGGAUUGUGUCAGAACAGCUCAUCAAUAGCAUACAGCCAGCAGAACCGAGUAUCGUGUCAAGACCUUUGACGCCAAUACGACCGAUACGACCAGUUGUUGAUUAUGCUCAAUCUCUAGGGCCAUCGAAAGGAACUACGGUGUUGCUAUCAGGAUCUUUAUUAAAUCCAGCUAAUGUUCAAUAUAUUGACGACACCGCACCACAUGGUCUAUAUAAAAGAGAUUCGAACAAACGCGAUAAACGUGAUAACCCAGAAAAAGAAUUGGCAGAAGAGUCAAAAACAGGGAAGAAGGACAAGCGCGGUCUGGUCGCUCUAUCUGAUGGGUCAAUUGUCGACGAAGCGCUUCUCAGCCCAGCAUUGGGCGAAACAGAAACUGAUGAUGAACUGUUCCAGGAGUCAUUACAGAAUGGUCUCGCUGGUGUCGUCGGAAAUUUACCAGUACAGAACUUACAGAAACAAACGGUGGAUGAAAGAGAACCAGCAGAAGCAGAAGUGAAGGCAGUAAUGCAAGUUUGUAGCGGGUGCGCUCCGGAGCCAUUUAAGAAAGCCUUGGUACUGUCCUGGAGAUCAACUCCUAAGAAACUCUAUUACGGGGCGCAUUAUUAUAAGGGACUGCCAAUAUGCAAGGCUUUUUAAGUAUUAUAUAUGACUUCCACUGACUUCACAUACUGAUCAGGCUUAAAUUGAAAUCGCUAAAAUUAUAUAUAUUCUCGUUCAUUUACAACUUUUUUAAACAAAUGUUAAUGUUUCAGUUAAGUCAGUGGAAUUAAUGUUUUCACAUUUAUGUGUACAAAUUUAUCUUGUCCCAAGUGUGACAAAGGUAACCUUUGUUUUAAACGAAUCAAGUUUAAGAGUUUUAUUAAUAACGAGUAUCUAAUACCUGACCUUAGAAAAGUAAAAGACGAAUAAGCUACUAUGGCAUUUACUCUAUUUUCAAUCGUCUUAUCAUCUCAUCAAGUGCCUAAUUUUAAUUUAUUCUGGCGAGUAUUGUGUCUAUCAUUCAGGGUAAAAAGCAUUAAAACAAUAUAGCCAAAUACGUAGUACUUUUAGAGGCUGCUAGUUUAAAUUGAUAUUUGUGAAUUAGUCAAUUUCACGAAUAAGCUUGCGAUUGCGAGUUAUUAUUUAUUUUUAGUCUUAAUAUUGGUCACUAAUAUUAUUAUAAGAGGAAAUAUACCCCGAUAUCACACCCAAUGUUUCUCUAUAAAUUGGAAUAGUUAAAUUUUUUGUUACAUGUCCCAAUGACACACAGAUUAUUAGAGAUGAAAUGUCUUACAAGAUGCCGUGUUU